AUUUGCUCGCUAUUGGUGUGAAAAUAAAGACAUCACUUUGUUGAGACUGCGCUAAUAGCAGCGCUGACAGUAAUUGAUCACAUGAUUGUUUUAGUAGGGCCUCUGUGAUGGACGUCACUCGUUACUUGUGUCUGGGUCUGUACAGUAUGUGCAGCAAUGUGUGUGUGUGUGUAUGUGUGGGGGGGCGUGAAAUAUCAGUCGAUAUUCAUUGAUUGAAAACACAUCGAUAUGAAAAAAGCUGUAAAACGCGAUUGACACUGAUUGUACUAUGUGCUGUGAAAUGAUUUCCUGUGGCGUGUCGGCGUCACGCUGUUGUGAUACAACUGAGAAAAAAGAAAAAAAACAAAACACCGCGUCAAUUGGGUUAUUGCUUCGUUGCUGACGCAGAAUCGAUUUUUCCGAAUCUUUUCACUUUGGACAAAAUCACUCGGAGUCCCAGAGUGCGCACUUUCCCUCUUGCUACUUUCUGCCUGCGUGUCUCCGUGACCAUCCUCCCUCCUCUCCUCUCCUCUCCUCUCCUCUUCUUUCCUCUCCUCUCUCCUGCACCCAGCCACUGAGCUCCGUCUACUUCGUGCCCCAAACCGUGAGCUGCAGGGGCUUUUCCUUCCUCGUCUUUACGACUAACCCUCCUCCAUCCUAACAGGCGGAAUUUAUUGGGACCUCAUUUUUAUUUAUUUUUUUCAUCGCCGCGGUCUUUUGGGCAAAGCAGUCCGGGCUGCCGGAACCGCGGAGAAUGGUGGAAACCUAACGCAGGUGAAAGGAGCUUUUUACGACGCUGCGGUACAGAUGAUGGAACACUUAGAGCAUUAACUCAACGCAACGAUCCGGCACCAGCGCGCAAAUCUUCACUGAAAUUUAGGACGAGGGGAAGAGGUUAAGGCAGUUUGAAGAGAGAGAGAGAGAAAGAGAGAGAGGAGAAAAAAAAAAAACUCGAAGGCGAAGAAAGACGUGUGUCACUGAGAGAAUCUAAGAAUUUAACUUUGAUCAAUAGUCAAACUGGGAUUCCUACAAGGAAGAUGUGACCUUUUCUGUGGCGCACAGUCAAACCGAGUAAAACCCUUCAUGAGCGAAGCGGCGCUUUGCUUUCAACUCCUCCAUGUCGACACGUCUUUAUUCUGGAUUACACGCGGAGAUAUGCGCACUGGAUUGUGAGAUUACCGCCUUUCGGUUUUUACUUGUCUUUUCUUGAAAAAAAAAAGAAAGAAAGAAAAAGAAAACAAACACAAAAAACCAAGGGAAGUCCUCUCUGCGGUCAAUGGCUCCAGUGUCAAGGUUUGCAAGGCGCAAAGAUGCCAAUCGAUGGCCGAGGAUGUCGUCAACUUUCUGGGCUGUGGUGCUUCUGACAGCGCUGCUUGUCCUCUACUGCGGCCAGCUGGCAGCGGGGACGUGUGAGAUUGUGACGCUGGACAGAGACAGCAGCCAACCGAGGCGGACCAUCGCCAGGCAAACAGCUCGCUGCGCCUGCAAGAAGGGCCAGAUCGCUGGGACUACAAGAGCCAGGCCUGCCUGUGUGGACGCCGGCAUUGUUCGGAAAAAGCAGUGGUGUGAGAUGGUGCCGUGCUUGGAGGAUGAGGGCUGUGACCUGUUAGUCAAUAAAUCUGGUUGGACCUGUACACAGCCCGGAGGCCGAGUCAAAACCACCACGGCACUAUGACGUGACAAGAGUCCCCCUCGACACUCUUGCACUAUGGAGAGCAUUGAUGACCCUUUGACAGGCAGCCAAACACCACCUACCAACACCAUCAUCACCACCAACACCAACAUCACAACAACUCCACCCAAAACUUUGGUCCCAUUCAGGCAGGAAGCAACACAAGAGCACCAGCAGCAAGGUCUCAUAAAAUGACCAGAGGCAGGAAAUCCAAGCAGUGACUGUUUGAGAGCGUGAGCGCCCUCUCCUGGACACUGGACAAACUAUACACUCUGAAACAGCUCCUACUGUCUGUGACUGGCUGCUCCGGGUUUGUGACUGCCCCCCUCCUGCUAUCUGUCGUCGGGUCAACACGUUGCAUCCACCUCCUAGCCACUCUUAUCUGCCUGCUCUGUGAAAUUAGCAGCGCCCGCUCACGCCACGGAGGAUUGGACGCCGUUGAAAAAAACCCCGCCGUGAAUGGUUUUUUAUGCCCCAUUGGAGUUUGUCUGUUGGAGCUUUUAUCCUGUUUCCAGCAGGAUUUCCGGAGCACUGACGGGAUCAUCGCCGGCUGGACCCUGUUGCUUUGUCAGACCGACUCAUGAGGCCGUAAAUAACCAAACUGAGCACUCUGCUGUGAAUAGGCCUUCUGCUGGAGUAAACCUCUCAUAUUUUUAUAGACCAAAGAGCAAAACAACAAAUGCGAUCAUUAUGACAGAGUGGACCAUCUGGCAAAGGCACGCUGAGACUUUCUGAACUCACUGCUCGUGUCACCGCCGACCAAUGACUGCCCCUGCAGGCACACCGGAGGUGUAGAGGAGGACACGCACCGUGCAGAAUCAAAAGAAGUGUUUUUGAAACCUUCUGGACAUUUUUUUCUCAGACUAAGCCCACCACUGUAUUUUGAAACUGGAGAUAUAGGUACCACAUACGUAUAACUGUGUAUCAGAAGAAAAAAAAUAAAUGCAUUUUUCAGUAGACAUUGUUGGGACAUCUGGCGAAGAGAGUUAUCAUGUCGGUCACGAAGAGCGAGAGAGAAAUCAUAACAGAGAAAUGAUGACUAUAUACGGAGAGGAUGAAAGCUGUGGAGUCUGAGGGGGAGUGGAGAAAUGUCAUUAAAUGUAUUUUGAGAGGCCCUAAAAAGUUAUAUAUUUAACAGUUUUAUAUGUUGUACCUUUGUAGAGAAGCUUAUCGGACUUAAAAAACGUGGUCACAACGGCAGUUUAGUAGGAUGUGAACAAACGCUGUUGUUCUCAUUACUGCUGGCUCGUAGUCCCAGGUUUUCUGUUCACACCUCAGUAGGUGCUUUCUUUUCAUGGUCAUCGACAAGUCACUGUCUAUCAGAACCAUUCAAGGAGAAAGGAAAAAAAAAAAGAAAAGAAGAAAAGAAAAAUGACACAAUUUAUGGAGGACUGAUCCGCAGCCAAGAGAACAUUGUAAAUCUAUGGUAGUCAGUGGAAGCCAUUGAAAUCUGCUAAUUUGCUAUGAUAUUGUAUUGUACACGGUGUGGAAUACUGACUCAUUUCCUCUCUAUGGGUUUUGAUCUCUUAAUUUAUUUUUGUGCUUGUGUUUGUUUUGCACAAACUCCGCCUCUCUCCCAUGGCGUGGAAGACAACGAACGAAGAGAGAGAGAGAGAGAGAGAGCGAGAGAGAGAGAGAAACAGAGAGAGAGAUACAGAAAUGGGGAGAGAGAGCGACAGCAGAGAGGCAUUGCAGAAUUAUUAGAGGCAUUUACAUACAUUUUAUAUCAUGGAAUAUUUUAAGAAUAAAUUAAAUACAUUACAAAAAAAA